AUGGGUAAUCGUGAAUCAUCAACAAAAGAAGAAGAUGGUAAACCAAAAGAAAAUGAUCGACCACGUUUAUAUCAAUAUGUUGAUGUACAUGGUGGUGGUGAUUUGAUAUCAUUUAUGUGGCAAGCUAAAAAUAACAAUGAUUUUUCACAAAUUAAUGAAUUAAUCGAUUUAAAGAUUAAAGAUUUAAUGUACAAUUCCGGUAAAGGAAAAAUGGUAGCAGUUUCGGAAUUGGUUAAAAUACGCAAUAAAGAGCGUAAUGCAAUGUUAAGCGCAUUAAAACGUAAAAAAGGAAAAGGUAAAAGUGGGCCAAAUAUUUUGGAUGAUUUCAAUCAAGAAGGUGAAAAUCAAGGCGAUUUAAAAAAGGUUUUAUUUUAUAUACAGUUGUAUAAUGGAAAUGAUAAUAGUAAUGAUAUUGGCGAGAGUAUAACAUUAAGUAUAAGUAUCAACUAA